UUGUUUUUCCAUGGAGCUCACAAUUGAAAUUCAAAUGUCUGUUUCAAAAUUUUCAUUUGGAAGCUUUUCUGUAAUCCUUCAACCUUUUCUCGUUCUCAACUCCAGUUUCUGGUGGAUUUUGAUCUUUUUAUACAUUUAUUCUUCACAUAAAUGCUACAAUAAGCAAGAUUUGUUCUGUAUAUCAAACCAAACAAAAACUGAACCAACAAAAUUCAGCCCAUCGAAACCAUUUAGCUGCCAUUUUUUCGUUUCUUGUUAUCGGAAACUUCAUACAACAACCCCAACACGGCUUGUUCUUUUUUGCAACUGCGGCCGUUGUAAACCAAAAUAAACCCAGCUCCUAAACUAAGUGUUUGUGAUGUUUUUGAAUUUGAAGAGUUUUUGAAUCAGAUUGAUUGGGGGAGAAGAAACCCUUUUCAUCAAUCUAAAUUUCCAACAAAACCCUCUUUACCAAAUGGACAUUGCUUUCAAACCUUCGAGGAUUCUUCCCCUCAACAAGAUACCCAAUACACUCAUCUUUUCUCCACGUCCUUGUAAGAUUUCAGUCUCCCAAACCAAGCGGUUCGCUCCAAUGGCUGCUCUUGCAGCCUACCCUGUUGUUGGACUGUCCGAAACAUUUAAAAAAUUGAGAGAACAAGGCAAGGUUGCAUUGAUCCCCUACAUCACUGCUGGUGAUCCUGAUCUUUCGACCACAGCUGAGGCAUUGAAAGUGCUUUCCACAUGUGGAUCAGAUAUAAUUGAACUUGGUGUUCCAUAUUCGGAUCCCUUGGCAGAUGGUCCUGUUAUACAGGCUGCAGCCACUCGGUCCUUGGCCAGAGAGACAAACUUUAAUGCAAUAAUUUCUAUGCUGAAGGGGGUGAUUCCUGAACUAUCUUGUCCAAUUUCCCUUUUCACAUAUUAUAACCCAAUUCUUAAACGUGGCGUCGAGAACUUCAUGAUGAUAAUAAAAGAUACAGGUGUACGAGGGCUUGUUGUUCCGGAUGUUCCUCUUGAGGAGACUGAAGUCUUAAGAAAAGAAGCUGUAAAGCACAACAUUGAACUGGUACUCUUAACUACACCAACCACGCCAAAAGAGAGGAUGAAAAAGAUCGUUGAAGCUUCAGAAGGAUUUGUUUAUCUUGUGAGCUCCAUUGGAGUUACCGGUACUCGGACAUCAGUUAGUGGCAGAGUUCAAACUCUCCUUGAGGAAGUUAAAGAGGUUACGGAAAAACCAGUAGCAGUUGGUUUUGGUAUAUCGAAACCCGAGCACGUGAAGCAGGUGGCUGAGUGGGGGGCAGAUGGUAUUAUUAUUGGUAGUGCUAUGGUGAAGCUGUUGGGUGAAGCCCAAUCCCCCGAGGAAGGAUUGAAGGAGCUUGAAAACUUCACCAAAUCCUUAAAAUCUGCACUCUCUUGAUGACAUAAACCAAGCUGUGUCUUUAAUCUGUAAACAAGUGCUCAAAUUGCACUUUCAUUCUACAAUUACUUCUCAAAUACUUUCAUUUGCUUUUCUUUUCUUCUUUUCUCAAACAGUGUUUCCCUUUUCUUUUGACAGUGAAUAAAACUAUCAACUCAUAUUUUCUUUAAGGUAUUUGUCAUGGAAUAUAAUGAGAAUGUUUUCUUGCAGUA